AUGGCGGCGUCAGAUCUGAUCCAGGACACCGAUGAUGUGUGCCCUCACGUGGAAGCUAACGUCACCACGAUGACUCCCCCGUCACCUUCUCGCCCUCCAAGGGUCGCCAACGGUAAACCCCCCCAGCUCACCUCCACGCCGUCGCCCCCCAUGGAUGCACACGAUGGCAGAACAGGCAGUAAACUGAGCAGCCUGCUGAAACAGAACCAGCUGAUCCAGACUCUGAGCAGCGGGCUCAGGAAACACUGCGAGUAUGUCAAGAUCCCCAUGCCGCAGGAACGGGCCAACCGUCUCCCCAAGGAGUGGUGGAAGACCGCCGUGGCCUUCCUCUACGCCACAUUCAACCUCGUCUUCACCACCGUCGUCAUCACCAUCGUCCACGAGAGAGUUCCAGACAAGUCUGUGAGCCCGCCGCUGCCCGACAAGUUCUUCGACUACGUGGACCGAGUGCCUUGGGCCUUCACCGUCACUGAGGUCAACGGGCUGAUCCUGUGUGGACUCUGGCUCGUCCAGUGGCUCCUCCUCAAACACAAAGCUAUUAUUGGUCGUCGCUGUUUCUUCCUGAUUGGGACACUCUACAUGUAUCGCAGCGUCACCAUGUACAUCACCACACUGCCUGUGCCUGGAAAACACAUGGUGUGCGCCCCAAAGCUCUACAAUGACUCCACGGGGAAGAUAUGGAGGAUUUUGCGGCUGAUCUCAGGAGGAGGUUUGUCUCUGACCGGCACUCACCUGAUGUGUGGCGACUUCCUGUACAGUGGACACACCGUCAUGCUGACGCUGUCGUACCUCUUCAUCAAAGAGUACUCUCCUCGCUGGAUGUGGUGGUAUCACUGGUCCUGCUGGCUGCUCAGCGCCUCAGGAGUCCUCUGCAUCCUGAUUGGCCACGAGCACUACAGCAUCGAUGUGGUGAUUGGAUACUUUGCCACCACCAGGAUCUUCUGGUGGUACCACACCAUGGCCAACACACACGCACUGCGUCAAGCUCCCAACAACUACCUGUCAAGGACGUGGUGGAACCCAGUCUUCAAUUUCCUGGAGAAGAACGUUCAAUCGCCGGUUCCUCUUGUGUUCUCGUGGCCGAUCACGCUGCCGUCGUCCUGCAGGCAGCGGUACAGGAUCGUGGAGGGAGGGAGGGACGAGUGAGGACGGGGAAGAAGGAAACAAAACCUUAACACCAGUUUAUUUAGAAGAACCAACAUUUUGAGCCUCCUCCUGCGUACUGAAGGAGAGGUUAUCAUGUUUACGUUUAUGUGGUCGCCUGGUAUUUAUUCAUCAGCAAGUAUAGUUGCCAAAACAGUAAUAAUGCGUCUUCCUUCUGAAUCUGAUGCAACAAGUUUUCUGUGAUGAGAAGCUCGACUUCCAUCAGACGUUUUGACUUGACUCAGAUUGAGACACUGAUGUUUGUUGAAAAAAUUAUGUUCUAAUAUUUGAGGUUUAAAUUGAAUCAAGUUUCUGAUGACUAAAUGUUCCUAAAAGUCCAGAUUCUGGUCUUUGUAAACUAUGAACAGUUUGGGUUCUGUCGCCUGCUCCGGACUCUGAGACGGAAGGUUUUAUAGUCUCCAGCUAACUGGAUGAAACUGCUGUUCCUCCUUCAAUGCAGCCAGUUAUCAGCGACACUUGUCACUAAAAGCUAGCUAACAAUCGUGAUGUGCGUGAAAUCAAGCAGCUGCGUCACCAGUUAUAUUGUUUGCAUGCUUGUCCAUGUGACUGAUGUGGAUCUGGAGUACUGAGAGAAUAGAAUAUCAAUCAAGACGAACAGAAACUGAACUAAACCUGCUGUCGUUACUCAGUUUCUGCAGUGUGAACUGCAGAUUACUGAUGCUGAAAACAACCUGAGCAAAUAUAUAAGUACUACUUUAAACACGAGCAGCCUGACAAGAACGCGAUAGAGAUGAUCUGAAAUCAGCUAAAUUCUGAUUUAAAUCAUGAAAGAAACAAAACUCUGACAUUCAGCCACAGUUUUUGUGACUCUGUGUUAUAAACGUGAUACCAAAGUCCUUCCAGGAGGAGCCACAAAGAUUUAUUUAUACGAUACAAUCAUGAGAGGAACAACAUCUUUUGCCAACAGAAACGUCAUUGUUAAUAUACGAGCUGCCUAACUUCCUGUUUAGCGCCUGGCUAACUUGAAUGGAAUAAGAUAACUUCAUCUUGUAGCUCUGCUAGACUUUCCCAAUGGAUCCGAUUACGAUAGUUAAAGGAUUUACUUCAUGCAGGUUGUUAACAGCGUCUUAUUUCCCAGUGGAAGCUUAUUGGAAAAGUCUUUUUGGGCCAGUUCUGCCUUCCUUGGGGGGCUUGGUGCUAACAACAGUCGAGUCUUCAUCCGUAUGAGAGCGGUUGCUCGUGGAACUGAAUUGGUUUCAAUUAGCCACAUGCUAGCUAAUGAUAAACAGGCGUUUUUGAUCUGUGUGCUACCUGUCAAAACAGACCAAAUCACACUGUUUACAUGUGGCGAUCUUUAAUUCUGAGUGUUUGGUUUGUAAGCUAGCCAGCUACUAGCUAAUGAGUGGUGUCACUAUCUGUGUCUGCCCUAAAAAAAACAACAAGCUGUAUCAGUUGACCUCUAGUCUGGAUCUCUUGCUAGUCUGGAUCUCUUGCUAGUCUGGAUCUCUUGCUAGUCUGGAUCUCUUGCUAGUCUGGAUCUCUCGCCACGUGGCAGCAGAUCCAGACGAGGUGUUGACCAAUGUGUCUUUUUCAGGGCAGCUAGCUACGUGACGUAACAUUCCAGGUGCUAACUUCAUUUGUCAUCAGUGUGACAGUUGACGGGUGUAUUUAAUGAGUAUUGUUGUUUCUGUAUUUGAUUGUUUAAGUUAUAUUUUCAAGUCAGAUUGUGUAAAGUAUUGAGACACUGAGCUCACAGGUUUGUUUUUCUGUUGUCUUCUUAAUGUAUGUCGUUCUUUACCAUGAUGUAAAAUCAAUGAGUGAACCCAUCAGAUAAUCAUUGUUCCACAAAGCUCCAGUUACUUGUAUUAAUAUGUUACUGUAUGUGGUUAAACAGAUUACAUGUUUGCUUUGAUAAUAAAAGCUUUAUUUUUCAGUCUAGA